UCUACAAUAGAAAACAGAUAUUAGUGCUUCGCACCAAGUACGUGAUUUUUUUACAUUUCACUGUAACCAGCAUUGCACAGUGAGAAACAAUUUGAACAAAACUGCAUCAAAACGCCAACUACGUUUAAACUGGAUUAUUUGUGUUCAGUUUGUCCACGGGUUGUUGUUGGCAAAAUCGCGAACAAAAUGAGCACAUAAAUAACAAACACUACGGUAUCCGGACCAGCUUUCGGGACGGAUGCGAUACGGAGCACCAGGAUUUAGUGAACAUUCCACGAUUGCUGAGUUCAGCAGAAAUACGUGAUACGUUGCUAGGCAACAUAAAUCCAGCGUUUAAACGAAUAACUUCGCUAACCGACCAUCACGAAAAAUGGCUACCGUUACCGCGACCAGUUCUGCACCCAGCACCAGCACCCAGCUCUCAAACUACGAUGAGGACGAUGAGUUCCAAGAUGCUUGCGAAAACGAUGCUUCCUCCCCUUCAUGUGGUAUGGAUCUGGACGCCGCUUUGGUGGAAGCCAAAAUAGCGGUCGAUUUGUUUUUCAACAAUAAAUUCAACGAAGCGGAAGCACUUAUGAAGCCGAUGGCAACAUCCAGUAUGUACCAUUCGGUCGGGCACAGUGUCUUUACAUACCUGGAAGCGAUGCUCACCUUUGAGCAGCAACAUAUAGCGGCAGCUUCGGAGGCACUGAAACAGUGCCUGAAUGUGUGCAACCGCUACCGGAAGAAGAAUACUCUGACCGAAACGAUCGGAAAGACAUUUAAGAAAGUAAAUUACGAUCAGUACACCGAUCUGGAGGCUCACGCAGAGCUGUGCUCGGCCGAAGCAUUGCUGCUGAAGGCGAUGCUAACAUUUAUCGAGGACGAAACGUUGACCAGCUUGAUUAAGGGUGGCAUGAAGAUUAGAAAUUGUUUCGCCAUGUACAAGGAAUGUAACAACAUACUAAACCACCGACACUGGGAAUCGGAAAGUUCCAAGCUACAUUUCGAAAGCGGUGUCCGUAUGGGUCUGGGGACGUUCAAUCUCAUGAUUUCCCUGCUUCCGGCUAGGAUAAUUAAACUGCUUGAAUUUAUCGGAUUUUCCGGAAACAAGCAAUCGGGAAUGCAGGAUUUGGUCACCGGAUCCCAGAGCGAAGGCAUCCGACAAGUGCUGUGCGUGAUGACUCUGCUCGGGUAUAACCUGAUCGUGUGCUACGUGCUCAGUCACAAGGAAGGUGACCUGCGCUUCUGCGAUGAGCUGCUCGUGAAACAGCUGAACCAGUAUCCAAACGGUGUUUGGUUCCUGUUCUUCAAGGGGCGACUGGAGUUUAUGAAGGGUAAUCUGGACGAAGCGCUGAGGUGGUACAAAAAGUCGUGGAAAUCGCAAAACGUGUGGCCACAAUUCCAUCACUUAUGCUUUUGGGAAUUGUUGUGGGUCAAUUGCUUACGACUGGAUUGGCGAGAGUCGCUCCUUUUUGCUACGUACCUAGUAGAGAACAGUAAGUGGUCCCGAACAAUCUACACAUAUCAGAAAGCAUCGAUCAUGUGUAUGCUAAAACCGGAAGAGCUGCAUUCGAGCGAAGUGCGUACGAUUGCGAACCUGAUGAGGGAAGUGCCAAAAUACAAGCAACGAAUAGCCGGCAAAUCGCUUCCGAUGGAGAAAUUUGCCUGCAAAAAGACUGAAAGGUUCUUCGCCCAGCAAUCAUUCCUGUACGUGCCGGCACUAGAGCUGAUGUACGUGUGGAAUCUGUUCAAGAUACUGGGAAAGCACUUUCAUUUGGCGGACGGUGUGUUUCGGAUAGUGGAGGAACAGUUGACGCACUUUGAGGAGCGAUCGUAUACCAAGUCCAACCCAACUUACGGAGUUUACGCUGCGGAUAACAAGGCACUGCUUCUUCUUCUGAAGGGUGCCUGCUUGCGUCAAAUGAACAGCCCGUUGCAGGCCACUCGGUGUCUAGAAAACGUGAUUGCAAUGUACAAGGACAUCAAAGAAGACCACUACCUUGUGCCGUACGCGAUCGUUGAGUUGGCCCUUAUCUACAUCGAUCAGGGCAACAAAGAUCAAGCAAUUUUGGCGUUGGAGGAUGCCAAGAAAAAUUAUAGCGGCUACUCGCUGGAAUCGAGACUUCACUUUCGGAUACACACGGCGCUUAUCGAGCUGAAGGGAAAAAGUUAUGAAAAUAUUCCGGCAGGAGCGGAAUAAGCCGGUCCUGAGUGAACCAUCAGUAUACCAUGACCAUCGAAAUAUUUUCCGGAAGCAUUAAAAACAGAAUCAACAACGAUCGUAAAGAGGGUGAUGCCAUCCUAGACCUGAAAAAAAUGAACCACCUUAGCUGCGAGCAUAUUGUACAACAAAAAAAACACAAAACAUCUGCGUCGCAUGGAACUAUAUUCCCUAGUCAUGGUGUUGCCACGCGUACAAUGGAUUUCGUUGUACAUUGCUAACGUUCCUACGAGGAAAGAAUUGUUUUAUUUUCGCUUUUACGCUGCAACAUACCUUUAGCCAAGGGUCUAAACACACCGGUUAUCACCGUAUUUUAUUGUUUAUUUUGACUACUGGGCUCCGAGCAGUCACCUACCAAAUGUAGCUAAUUUUCAAUUCGGUUCGGGUUCGGUGUUCGUAGCGCAAUAUCGCACACCAGUCUCGUUUGCGAUAACAGUAUUGAUAAGCUCUAAAAGCGUGUCAGUCUGAAGAAAGGGGCACGGAGUGGGAUUGUUUAUGUGGCAUCUGGAAAUGUAUUUUUCUAAGAAAUGUUUAUCCAUUGAGCGAGGUUGCAUAGCAAAAGCUACAAACUGUUUUACAAGCACUCUCCAUUCCUAUAAAAUAUAAAAUAAAA